CGACAUCUACACCGGCGUCACUACCUGUACUACACGGACGAGCAAAACUCGCUGCUAUGGGUGUUCCUGCUCUAUUCCGGUGGCUAUCGAGGCGGUACCCGCGUAUUGUGUCGAACGUUGUCGAGGAUCACCCGGUGACGGUCGUGCGAGACGGCGUCGAGGUGACGAUUCCUGUCGAUACGUCGGGCCCCAACCCGAACGGAGAAGAGUUUGACUGCCUGUACCUCGACAUGAACGGCAUCGUCCAUCCCUGUACCCACCCCGAGGGCAAGCCCGCACCCAAGACCGAGGAGGACAUGAUGCUCGAGGUCUUCCUCUACACCGAGCGCGUCGUCGCCAUGGUCCGCCCGCGCAAGCUCCUCAUGAUGGCCAUCGACGGCGUCGCACCUCGCGCCAAGAUGAACCAGCAGCGCUCGCGUCGCUUCCGCUCGGCGCAGGAGGCCAAGGAGAAGGAGGACGACCGCCAAAGGGCCAUCCAGGAGCUCGAGUCCAUGGGCAAGGAGGUCAGCGACGAGUACCGCAACGACAAGGGCUGGGACUCGAACGCCAUCACGCCGGGCACGCCCUUCAUGGACCUCCUCGCCAAGAGCCUGCGGUACUGGGUUCGCAAGAAGCUCAACGAGGACCCUGGCUGGGCAGGGCUCGAGGUCAUCAUCUCGGACGCGUCGGUCCCCGGCGAGGGCGAGCACAAGAUCAUGGACUUCAUCCGCCGUCAGCGCGUCCAACCCUCGCACGACCCCAACACCAAGCACGUCAUCUACGGCCUCGACGCCGACCUCAUCAUGCUCUCGCUCGCGACGCACGAGCCGCACUUCAAGGUCCUGCGCGAGGACGUGUUCGCCGACGACAAGAAGAAGCGCGGCUGCCACCGCUGCGGCGAGCCCGGGCACCACUCGAGCCAGUGCACCGGCCAGGUCAAGAAGCCCGAGGCCGACCUGACGCCCAAGGGCGCCCCGAGCGUCCCCAAGCCGUUCAUCUUCCUCGACGUCGCGGUCCUGCGCGAGUACCUCGCCGUCGAGCUGUCGGCACCGACGCACUCGUUCCCGUUCUCGCUCGAGCGCGCCCUCGACGACUGGGUCUUCCUCAUCUUCUUCGUCGGCAACGACUUUUUGCCGCACCUGCCGUCGCUCGAGAUCCGCGAGGGCGCCAUCGACACGCUCAUGAACAUCUGGAAGACCAACCUCGACCGCAUGGGCGGGUACCUCACCGAGCACGGCAAGGUCCGCCUCGAGCGCGCCCAGAUCAUCCUCGAGCAGCUCGCCAUGCGCGAGGACGAAAUCUUCCGCAAACGUCGCGAGGCCGAGGAGCGCCAGGACCGCACCGAGAAGCGCCGUCGCAUCGACCGCGAGCAGCGCGAGACGCCCCAGCAGCGCUCGGCCCGCUCGAUCCAGGCGAGCGCUCCGCCCGUCAACGAGUACGUCCCGGUCAACGCCAACGGCACUGCCGCCGUCACCGCCGCCGUCACCGCCGCCGCGCCCGGCCCGGGCGGCCUCCCCACCAAGCCGCAGUGGGCGGCCGACGAGGCCAAGAAGGACGAGGACAAGGACCAGGCGGCCAAGGCGAUGACGGGCGGCAACAAGAGCAUCGUCCAGAACCGCAUGGCGCUCCGCAUGGCCAACCUGAGCGCCGCCGAGAUGAUGAAGGCGCAGCUCGCCGGCGACGAGGACCCGAGCUCGACCGACGCGCCGACCGCCGCCGCCGCCGCCGCCGGUGACGACGUCGACGACCCCGAGAUGCAGAGGGAGCAGGAGGCCGAGGAGGCGGGCCGUGCCGAGGCGGCGCGCAACGCCGACGCCGCCGCCAAGCUCAAGGCCGAGCUGCUCGCCUCGAGCGACGUCGACGUGUCGCCCCGCGGCACCAAGCGCACCGCCGACACCGACGCCGUCGAGUCGCAGGACACGACCGCCGACGAGGAGGCGGGCGAGCGCGAGGACGACGCGAGCCCACCGCCUCUCAAGCUCAUGGGCAACAACGUCGUCGAGCAGGACGACACCGUCAAGUUGUGGGAGCCCGGCUACAAGGAGCGCUACUACCGCAGCAAGUUUGGCGUCGAGCUGAGCGACGCCGAGUUCCGCAAGAAGGUCGUCAAGUGCUACGUCGAGGGUCUCUGCUGGGUCCUUGAGUACUACUACCAGGGCACGCCGUCGUGGCAGUGGUACUACCCGUACCACUUCUCGCCGUUCGCGAGCGACUUUGUCGACCUCGCGAGCCUCGACAUCAAGUUCGACAAGGGCCAGCCGUUCAAGCCCUACGAGCAGCUCAUGGGCGUCUUCCCGGCCGCAAGUCGCAUCCACCUGCCCGAGCCGUUCCAGCAGCUCAUGAUCGGCGAGGACUCGCCCAUCCUCGACUUCUACCCGGAGGAGUUCCACAUCGACAUGAACGGCAAGAAGAUGCUGUGGCAAGGCGUCGCGCUCCUGCCGUUCAUCGACCAGAAGCGCCUCCUCGAGGCGAUGGACACCAAGUACCCCGAGCUCACCGACUUUGAGCACUACCGCAACACGCUCGGCACCGACGCCAUCAUCGUCGGCAGCAAGCACCCGCUGUACGACUACCUCGAGGGCCUGUAUGGCAAGAAGAAGGCGUCCGAGCCCGUCCCGCUCGACACCAAGCGCAGCAAGGGCAUUGCCGGCGCCGUCCUUCCCGACGAGUCGGUCCCCGGCAGCACGUUCGACUCGCCGCUCCCGUCGCAGCCCGACAUCGUCAACGACGAGUCGAUCUCGGCGAGCUUCUCGUUCCCGCCGCAGAAGACGCCGCACCGCUCGGUCCUCCUUCCCGGCGCCAAGCUCGAGCGCAACGUCCUCACGCCGUACGACAAGGACCAGGUCGACAACCGCGGCGGCGCAGGUGGGCGAGGCGGGUACGGCGGCGGCGGUGGCUACGGCGGCGGUCAGGGCGGGCAGGGCGGGUACGGCAGCGGGUACAGCACGCCUGGGAGCGGGUACGGCACGCCGACCGGGUACGGCACGCCCAACGGCGGCCGCGACCCGUACGCGGGCUACAGCGGUUACCCUGGCGGCGGAGGAGGUGGCUACUGUGCGUCUCGCUCUCUCUCUCGUCGACACAAAGGCCCGCCUCAACAGCCGCCUCAGCAGGCGUACGGCGGCUACGGCCCCCCGACCGGCUACAUGGCGCCGCCGCUGCCCGGCGGGUACCGUCCUCCGCCUCCCGCCGCGUACGGCGCCGGGUACGCUCCCCCGCCGCCUCAGGCCGGUCCGGGCGGCGCUCGCUACCCCGGCCAGCCUCAGCAGCCUCCUCCUCCCGGUUAUGGUGGGUACGGAGGGUACCAGGGCGGCGGUCAGGGCCAGGGUCAGGGCGGGUACGGCGGCGGGUACGGCGGGCAGCACACGAGGUACUGAGCGCGGGCCUGCGCCGCGCUCGCACGAAGAUUUAUAGUUGCACUCUCUCUCAUCGUCCCUGUACCUGCUCGUCUGCAUCUCAAGGGUUGUUUGCACUCU